GCCCCAACUGGGCAAGAAAACCGUCUCCGGUGCCCACCCCGGUGCCGGUACCCGGUACCUGCUGCCGGUACCCAGCGGGCGGGGGCGGUUUGGGGGGGUCUCCGCCACCACCGGGGGCUCCCUCGGCGACCGCGGCCGCUGCGACCACCAUGGACCGAAACGGGCGUUGACAACCCCCCUCCUCCCCCAAGGCUUCCCCGCCCGGUACCGGGACCCUCCCCGAGGCCACCGGGGCGGUACCGGCGGAGCGGGCGCUGCCACAUCCAGAGGGAUUUUUGGGGAGCAGCACCCGGGAAACGGCCGGGACGUACGAGGAGCGCCGCCCCCCGGGCAGAGCUGCCCCCGCCCCGCCGCGCCCCGUCCCCGGAGCCGAGCCGAGCCCCGGGGCCGCCUCGUCCUUUGUGUGCGCCGGGGCACCGGGCACCGCCGGCAGCAGCGGGAGCCGAGCCCGGGGAGCGGGGAUAGCGGGGAGCGGGAGCGGCCCCGGGGCCCGGGGACCCCCCGGCGGCCCCAUGAAGGAGCCCGACGCCAUCAAACUCUUCGUGGGGCAGAUCCCGCGGCACCUGGAGGAGAAGGACCUGAAGCCCAUUUUCGAGCAGUUCGGGAAAAUCUACGAGCUCACCGUCAUCAAGGACAAGUACACCGGCAUGCACAAAGGAUGCGCCUUCCUGACCUACUGCGCCCGCGAGUCAGCCCUGAAGGCUCAGAGUGCCCUCCACGAGCAGAAAACCCUCCCGGGGAUGAACCGGCCCAUCCAGGUGAAGCCGGCCGACAGUGAGAGUCGAGGAGAGGACCGGAAGCUGUUUGUGGGGAUGCUCAGCAAACAACAGGCGGACGAGGACGUGCGGAAGAUGUUUGAGCCCUUCGGCACAAUCGACGAGUGCACUGUCCUCAGGGGGCCCGACGGCACCAGCAAGGGCUGUGCCUUCGUGAAGUUCCAGAGCCACGCAGAGGCCCAGGCGGCCAUUGCUGCCCUGCAUGGGAGCCGCACGCUGCCAGGUGCCUCAUCCAGCCUGGUGGUGAAGUUUGCAGACACAGAGAAGGAGCGGGGGCUGCGGCGGAUGCAGCAGGUGGCCACCCAGCUGGGCAUGUUCAGCCCCAUCGCCCUCCAGUUUGGCGCCUACAGCGCCUACACACAGGCGCUGAUGCAGCAGCAGGCGGCCCUGGUGGCCGCUCACUCCGCCUACCUCAGCCCCAUGGCCACCAUGGCCGUGCAGAUGCAGCACAUGGGCACAGUCAACCCCAACGGGCUCAUCGCCACCCCCCUGCCCCCCUCCUCAGGAACCAGCACCCCCCCGGCCAUGGCGGCCACGCCCGUUCCGGCCAUCGCGGCCCCGCUGAGCGUCAACGGCUACAGCCCCGUCCCCGCGCAGCCCGCGGGACCCCCCGCCCCCGACGCUGUCUACGCGGGGGGGGUUCCUCCCUUCCCAGCCCAGAGUCCCGCUGCCCCCGGGGACCCUCUGCAACAGGCAUACGCUGGGAUGCAGCACUACACAGCUGCGUACCCGGCUGCCUACGGGCUGGUGAGCCCGGCCUUCGCCCCCCCGGGACCCUUGCUCGCCCCCCCACCCCCUCCCCAGCAGCAGCAGCGUGAAGGCCCCGAGGGCUGUAACAUCUUCAUCUACCACCUGCCCCAGGAGUUCGCCGACUCCGAGAUCCUGCAGAUGUUCCUGCCCUUUGGAAAUGUCAUCUCGGCCAAGGUGUUCGUGGACAGGGCCACCAACCAGAGCAAGUGCUUCGGCUUUGUGAGCUUUGACAACCCCGCAAGCGCUCAGGCCGCCAUCCAGGCCAUGAACGGCUUCCAGAUCGGGAUGAAGCGGCUCAAGGUGCAGCUCAAGAGGCCCAAAGACGCCAACCGGCCCUACUGAGCCUGGUCUGGAGGCUCCGGAGCAGCACCUUUGGGUGCCCCCUUUGGAGAGCAGUCCCCCCUCCCCCCUCCAGCGCUGCCCGGGGGGGUCUCAGUCCUGCCAGGGGAGGGGGAGGGGCACAGACCCUCCCAUACGCUCAGGAAGGAUGGACUGCCCCUCCCCGACCAGGCCCCUCCGGAUCCCCCAGUGCGUUCCAGUCCAUCCCAGCCCAGGGGGAGCUCUGGGUGCCAGAACCACCCUCUGCUCUGCCCUGGCAGGGGGCCAACUAAGCCCACCCUGGGGUGGGGGACUGACCCCCCCAACCUCUCCCUCCAUGGGGCCCCCUCCUCCCCCUCCCACCCCGGGGGUCCCUCCUUGGAGCUUCUUCUCACCAAACAGGACCAAAACCAGCUCCAAGGGGGGGAGGGGCUGGGGGAAGGGUCCCAGGGGGAGUCCCAGGGGAGGUCCUGGGGUGGUGGUGGGGAGGGGUUUGUUCCACAGGGGGUCCCACCCCCCUCCCCAUGUCCCCAUGGGAAAGGGGACCCCUGAGGCAGCGGGAUCCUCCCCCAGACACUGCCAUCCGCUGCCCCCCAUCCCAAAAUCCUGCCUCAGCACCCCCCCAGCACUGGGAAUGAUCCCAAACUGGGAAUGAUCCAACACUGGGAAUGAUCCAAUGGACACACUGGGAAUGAUCCGACCCUGCGAUGAUCCAACACUGGGAAUGAUCCGACCCCGGGAUGAUCUGACCCUGGAAUGAACCUACGGAUGAACUGGCACCGGGAUGUUCCGUCACUGGGAUUCUCCGGUACUGGGAUGCUCCAAUACUGGGAUGUUGGCACUGGAAUGCCCUGGCACUGGGAUUCUUUGGGACUGGAAUUCUCUGGCCCUGGGAUGCUCUGACACUGAGAUGCUCGGAUACAGAGAUGCUCCAGUACCAGGAUGCUCCAAUACUGGGAUGCUCCAACACUGGGAAGCUCUGACACUGGAAUAUUCCACCAUGGGGAUGCUCUGACACCGGAAUGUUCCAACACUGGGUUGUCCUGACCCCAGGAUGAUACUGGGAUGAUCCUGGACUGGGAUGAUCCUAGACUGGGAUGAUCCUGCACUGGGAUGACCCUGCACUGGGAUGACCCUGGACGGGGAUGAUCCUGGACCAGGAUGCUCCAACUCCGGGAUGUUCCCCCCAGCUGCUGGAAGGACCCAGAGUGGCAAAAUCUGGGCCCAAAGCUGCCAAAUUUAGGAGCCAGGAACUGGGAGAUCCAGAGUGGGGACAGGGACAGGGACAAGGACACAUGGACAGGGACACGGACACAUGGACACAGGGACGCAUGGACACAGACACAUGGACACGGCCCCGCAGCCGCCAAAUCCCAAAUCCGGGGUGUGUCGGCCCCCACCAGCCAAAUCUGGGCCGUGUCCAGCCCGGGGACCCCAAGCACCCCAAAACAGGUCGAGACCCCCCAGCACCCCCAAACUGGGGCCAGGACUCCCCCCAGCACCCCCAAACUGAGUUAGUGCCCCCCAGACUGGGUCGGUUCCCCCAGCAACCCCAACCCAGGGUUGGUGUCCCCCCAGCACCCAAAACCAGUGCCCCCAGUACCCCAAACUGGGCCAGUUCCCCCUCCAAGCCCCCCAACCUGGUGCCCCCUGCACCCCCAAACCAGGGUUGGGACCCUCCCCAACCCCCCCAAACUGGGUCAGUGCCCCUCAAACUGGGCCAGUGCCCUCCAAUCCCCUCAAAGUGGUGCCAGUGCCCUCCACCCCCAAAAUGGGCCUGAUGCCU